AAAACGACACGGUAAAAAACGUCAGGUAAAAAACGUCAUGGUAAAAAUCGACACGGGUAAAAAACGUCAUAGAAAAAAACGCCAAAAAUGUUUUUUUUUUAUCUAAAAAUCACAAUUCAAACCCAGUCUACUUAUGAGCGAAUGUUAAACUGUUUACUGGAGAAAUGUGCAGAAAAGAAUAUUUUUCUUGACCCGAUGUACGUACAUGUAGAUUUUGAAAAAGCGGUUAUCAAUGCAAUAAAAACAGUUAUAGGCGAACACGUAGAAGUUAAUGGUUGUUUUUAUCACCUUACUCAAGCAACACAUCGUCAACUUCAAAAAAUGGGAUUAAUAAAUGAUUAUAAAUCAGACGAAGAAUUUUCUCUAUUUUGCCGACAAUUGGAUGCAUUAGCAUUUUUACCAUUAUGUGAUGUAGCUGAAGGAAUGGUAUACUUAAAAAGUAUUAUGCCAGAAAAUGGUUCAGCUAUAUUAGAAUAUUUUGACAACACUUAUGUGACCGGAACAUUCAGAAGAAUUAAUUCGACACAAGAGAAUUGCAUACGCUUGCGGAAUUGUCCACCCUUAUUUCCACCUCACGUAUGGAAUGUACACAAUAUAACAUUAAACGACGGUAAUCGGACUAAUAAUGAAACUGAGGGAUGGAAUAAUAGAUUUUCAAAGUUAGUGGGUCAUUGCCAUCCCAGUAUAUGGGUAUUAAUAACGAAAAUCCGUCUGGAGGUGGCAAAUGACGAAACAAAAUUGGCUCAAAGUGCGUUGGGGACAUUACCAAAAAAAAGGAAACCGAAGAUUUAUGCAGAAUUACAAAAUAAAUUAAAAAAUAUAUGUGAAGAAUAUUCAAAUGGAGAAAGAGAUAUCCCAAAUUUUUUAAAGGCUAUAGCAUAUACUAUACGAUAUUGUUAAUUUUAAAUUAAUUAAA